GCAACCUUUGAUCCGAUUAUAUGAACGUUAUCAGAUCUUUGUUCGUGUUAUGACUCUAAUGUUCGUGACGCGCUGUGUGAUGGAAACAGCGCCUCUUUGCGCGAAAGUGGAUCAGAAACAACAGAACGACAGUACUUCGUCGCACGCUAUAUAAGUUCUGUCUCCGUGUGUUCGCAGUUCCUCGCAGUCAGGGCCUAGUGUAUUUUGAAGACCCCGGUAUGCUAUGGUGUGUUUACCACUCUCGCGUGCCAUCCUCACGUGAGUAAAGCCCAGCGUGUUGACAUAAUACUUUUGUCACACGACACCAUGGCUCGCAUGUUGCAACUUCUCGGUAGCAAGCCAGCAAGUGACAUUGCACAGUCACCGGAAUACCGAAGUUUUCGUGAGACGGUGCCACAAAGAAGGGUGAUUGUAGAUGACAACCCUUCUCAAGUUUGGACUUAUUAUGACUAUGGUCCAAGAAGCGUGACAUGUCCCCUAAUCUGUCUUCCACCGAUAAGCGGCACUGCGGACGUCUUCUUCCGUCAAAUCAUGGUGCUCUCAGCAAGGGGUUACAGAGUGAUGUCGGUCGAGUACCCGGUUUACUGGACCCUCCGCGAGUGGGUGGUAGGCUUCCGAAAGUUCCUGGACCAUCUGUGUUUGGACCAGGUGCACAUUCUCGGUGCAUCUCUAGGAGGAUUUCUAGCCCAAAAGUUUGCAGAGUCGACAGCGCCUGGAUGUCCGCAACGUGUCUGUUCACUAGUGCUAUGCAACAGCUUUUCGGACACCUCGAUAUUCAACUACACGGAUACAGCAGUCCUCUUUUGGUUGUGCCCUGCUGUAAUGCUCAAGAGGAUGGUGAUGGGCAGCUACGACCCUACGCCUACAGACACAGACAUCGCGGAGGCUGUAGAUUUCAUGGUUGAAAAGUUAGAAAGCUUGUCUCAGUCCGAGCUGGCCUCGCGGCUCACCCUCAACUGUAUGAAUGCGUAUGUGGAGCCCCACAAACUGGAAGGAAUACCUAUCACAAUUAUCGAUGUGUUUGACGACAGUGCCUUAAGUCUACGCGUUAAAGAGGACCUUUACAAGCUAUAUCCACAGUCAAGAAGAGCACACCUGAAGAAGGGUGGAAAUUUUCCCUUCCUGAGUAGAAGUGAUGAAGUAGCAGUACACUUGCAAGUCCAUCUGCGACAAUUUGAAGGAAGUCAACAAGCUGCGCGGGAAACGUGAACGUGAUUGUUCCUCGGACGGACACACUUUAGUGAAAAAGUUGAUCUGCAAUGUUUGAGUGUAAUUUGUAUGAGCUUACGCCAGCACAUGGGUUAUGUAAUAAAGAUUUAUGCAUAUU